GCUGCAUUAUACGCACGUUAACAAGCACGAAUGCAUAAUAAAGUGUAAGGGAACAUUUAUAUCAGCUCAAGCUAGUCACUCUGUGCAAUAGCUAAUCAAGAGAUAGCAUUAAAAGAACUUCAUAUACAACCAAAGCUAGAGACACUCAAGGCAGUCUAACUGUAUCCAGUCACUUGCAACAAUCAGCAGCUAUGGAUAACAGCCAGACCUAUAACUGUAUGAACCCUGCCUUCAAUGGCUACCCUCCGCAGCUAUCCCAGGAACAAAACCUUGUCCUGCAAAAUACAACCAUCUACGAAGAUAUUAGAUCACCAACGUCGAUUCCAAGCAGCGAUAAUGCAACUUUGAAGAACUUUCAAGCUUGGCCAUCGCAGAAGAUCAUCAUCACUGGCAUCAACAAGAAAACGAAGUGUUGUAUAGCCACCCCGAUAUGUCUUGCUUUACUGCUAUGUCUAUUGCUAGCUGGCACGGCUGCAUUAGCCGUAAUAACAUAUCUAGAAGUCCGCUUAUUGAAAAUGGAGGCCAAUAAUAUGCCAGUAAUCAUCGGCAAUGAAGAUCUAAUGAUGACCGUUCAAAAUUUGGAACAACAGCUGAUUGAAAUGAACGAGACUUAUCACACAAAAAUCUUUGAGUUGGAAACAAAUUUUAACGAUAAAAUUGACAAUAUUCAAAUAUACAAUCUGAGUUCUAACGUAAUAGCGGAGAUUGUUGUCUUGGUAACAGAGCUGAACACGACGCAAGGCAGGCUUUGGUAUUCACUGGCUAAUCUGACUGCUCGAGCGGACACAGAGCUGGAUAUAUACGAGGACUGUAGUCAGGAGACUAUCAGCUGCAAUCAGAGUGGAGAUGGCAACAACACAGACUACACAAGAGAGUGUUACACAGAGCAAGUGGACAUUAACACAACCGGCCACUACACCACAGACAUGCACUGUGAGGUGACUACUACCGCAGCCUCACACUAUCUACACUCUGCUACUCUACUCACGGAGGACAAUAGAACACGUUGUCAAUGCUCUGUUAUUAAAGUCAAUGCCACCACCGGAAAUAUCGAAGAGCUACCGUCAACUUUGGACCUAGAUUGUACCCUGCUUAUAACAAGAUGUCCGCUGCUACUAUACCUCCCCUGAGGCACAACACAAGCAGAGCCUGGAAAAUAAACUAAAGAGAAACAUGCCUAACAUUAAUUUUUUUGUUCAAUUUUGUAAUUCUUGUAUAAUUUAUUGUAUUACUAGAA